AUGUCAUUCAAAAUUAUUUCUUUCGCAGCCUUUUUGGCAGUAGCUCAAGCUGGAUUUCUUCCAGAAACCUACCACGCACCAUUGGAAUACGCUGCACCUGUCGCUAAAGUAGUAUACUCGUCGGCCCCAGAUGUAUCAUACUCCAGCGUAUCAGCCCCAGUAGGCUACGCCGCUGCCCCAUCUUACGCUAAACUAGCUGCUCCAGUCUCGAACGCUGCCCCAGCUCAUUAUGCACCAGUGCAGUACGCUGCACCUGUCGCAAAAGUAGCAUACUCAUCAGCCCCAGCUGUAUCAUACUCCAGCGUAUCAGCUCCCAUAGCCUACGCUGCUGCCCCAUCUUAUACCAAAGUAGCUGCCCCAGUUGCAUACGCUGCCCCAGCUCAGUAUGCUGCACCUAUCGCUAAAGUAGCAUACUCUUCAGCCCCAUCUGUGUCAUACUCAAGUGUAUCAUCUCCAGUAGCCUACGCUGCUGCUCCAACUUAUGCCAAACUAGCUGCACCAGUCGCAUACGCUGCCCCAGCCAAUUAUGCUGCUCCUGCUGUAUCCUAUGCCGCCCCAGCAUACAAAGUAGCCGCUCCAGUAGCCUACGCCGCACCAGUACACAAAACCAUCAUCGGCGAACCCGAAGCACCAGCUAACUACGAUUUUGGAUACGCCGUAAACGACCCUCAAUCCGGAGACAGCAAAAGCCAACAAGAAUCCCGUCAUGGUGAUGUCGUUCAUGGAAGCUACUCCCUUGUUGAAGCCGAUGGAAGCAAACGUAUUGUAGAAUACACCGCCGACGCCCACAAUGGUUUCAACGCUGUUGUUCACAAUGAACCAGCCCAGGUUGCUGUUAAAUCCGUUGUAGCAAAAGUCGCUGCUCCAGUAGCUUAUGCCGCCCCUGUAGCUAAAUUCGCUGCUCCAGUCCAAUAUGCCGCGCCAUUGGCCCAUGGAUCAUACUACCACUAAAUUGAUUUAGUUAUUAACCUGUUGUGA